ACUUAGGCUUGCUUUCUACCAAAGGAACAAACACCGAUCUGGUGGGGACAGACUCCAGAACACUGAUGAAGACACCUUUUCCAGUAGGCAGGCAGCGUCACUGUGACUACCAGGUCUUGCAUAUGUCUGGUUCUCAGUCUCUCUCUCUCUCUCUCUCUGGCUCUUCCUCCCUCCCUCUCUAGAACAAGAAAGGCUAGUAAGCUGGGCCUCUGUUGAACACAGCUGUCCCAUGGGGCUCCGACAAGGCCUGGCAUAGAUAAUACCCGCUGCUCCAGCACCCGCCUCUCUCUUCUCUCUGCCUGUAGGCAGCAGGCAGGCCCAGGACACCAGUGAACUUGGCAUUUUUGAAAAUCUUCCAGCUUCUUUUGCUUAUAAGCACAAGGCCAUUGGUGUUCCCCAGCAGACUGGUGGUAAGAUUGGGACUUCAGAGAUACUGCUGCUACUAGAAAGCCCUGCUCUGCAACAUCAUGCGUUAACUCACACUGGCCCCUUAUUGCGUGUAUCAAAGCACAGACUUCCUGUUUUGCCUGCUGGCAUCUCCCUGUAAAUAUCCCAGUCUUACAGGAGUGAUCCCUGUCCCAGCCCCUGGAACCUGGAAAAGGGCAGGGACAACAAGCCCAGCGUCCAGGAUGUUCACCAUGACAAGAGCCAUGGAAGAGGCUCUGUUUCAGCACUUCAUGUACCAGAAGCUGAGGAUCGCCUAUGCCAUACACAAGCCAUUUCCCUUCUUUGAGGGCCUCCUAGACAACUCCUUCAUCACUCAGAGAAUGUACACGGAAUCUCUGGAAGCCUGUAGAAAUUUGGUCCCUGUAUCCAAAGUGGUGCACAACAUUCUCACCCAACUGGAGAGGACUUUUAACCUGUCUCUUCUGGUGACAUUGUUCAGUCAAAUUAACCUGCAUGAAUAUCCCAAUCUGGUGACGAUUUACAGAAGCUUCAAACGUGUAAUUCGGAGUCUCUCCAGGGUACUGAUGUAUGUCCUUUCACCAAUCCCAGUUGGUGAACAGCAGAGCAGAGCUUCCUGUGAACAGCAGAGCAGAGACACACCAAUCCUACUUGAAGCCCCAACUGGCCUAGCAGGAGGAAGCUCACUCCGUACCCUGCUGCCGCUGCCGCCACCACAACCCCCUCAACCAAGCUGUUCAUCCUGUGCACCAAGAGUCAGUGAGCCUGGAACAUCCUCACAGCAAAGCGAUGAGAUCCCGAGUGAAUCACCCAGCCCAUCUGACCCUACCCUGCCUCUUCCUGGACUCAUCCAGGAAGGAAGGAGCACUCCAGUGACCAAUGACAAGUUAACACCCAAAAUGAAUGAGGAAGAAGACUCAAAAGAGAUGCCCAGCCUCCUCGCUAGCACUGUACAAGUCACCAGUGACAACCUGAUCCCCCAAGAAAAAGAUAAAGAAGGCCUUCAAGAGAUGCCCCACUCCCCCUUGGGCCCUAUGCCAGAGAUAAGAGAUGAUGGUCUAGAACCAAAUGACCCAGAAGAGCCCCAGGAGGUAUCCAGCACGCCUUCAAGCAAGAAAGGAAAGAAAAGUAAAAGAUGUAUCUGGUCAACUCCAAAAAAGAGACAUAAGAAGAAAAGCCUCCCGAGAGGGACAGCCUCACCUAGACAUGGAAUCGAAAAGAAGCUCAAAGUGGUAGAUCGGGUUCCUCAAAAGAAAGAUGACUCAACUUGGAAGUCCACGGUAAUGACAAGGGCCCAGAAGGCGAGAACUCAGCGUGCCCGAAAGUCUAGAUCAGAAGAGAUCAGUGAUGACACUUCAAAAAUGAAUGAAGGAAAGAGGAACCAAGAGACGCCUAGCACACCAUCAAGGGUCAAGCAAGAAAAGAGGAGAAAAGAAUAUGGCCUGUCAAGUUCAAAAAGAAAACAGAAAAAAAAACUCCCAAGAGGGGCAACCUCACCUGGGCAUGACAUCCAAGAGAAGCUCCAAGUGGUGGAUAAGGUGACUCAAAGGAAAGAUGGCUCAGCCUGGAACUCAAAGGUCAUGACGAGGGUCCAAAAGGCAAGAAAUGAAUGUACCCAAAAGUCCAGAUCGGAAGAAAAGAAAAGGGAAAAAGAUAUCUGUUCAAGUUCAAAAAGGAGACUUCAGAAAAACAUUCACCAAAGAAAAAAACCCAAAAGUGACACUGUGGAUUUUCACUGGUCUGAGCUCUCUGUGACCUGUGGUGAGGCAAAAGGGAUUUUAUAUAAGGAGAAAAUGAAACACGGAUCCUCAACGAAGUGCAUUCAGAAUGAGAAGGGAGCUUGGCUCACACCAAAAGAAUUUGAAAUUGAAGGAAAAGGAAGAGACACAAAGAACUGGAAACGGAGUAUAUGUUACGGAGGAAAGCCCCUGUUAGAGCUGCUGAAGUGGAAAAAGUCGGAUGAAUGCGAGGUGUGCUGUAAAGACGGACAACUUCUCUGCUGCGGUACUUGUCCACGAGCCUUCCAUGAGGACUGUCACAUCCCCCCUGUGGAAGCCAAGAGGACCCCCUGGAGCUGCACCUUCUGCAGGAUGAAGAGGUCUUCUGGAAGCCAGCAGGGCCAUUAUGUAUCUAAGAUCCUGGAGAGGCGGAUGCAGCCUCCAGAACAGUUGAAAUGUGAGUUCCUCCUCUUGAAGGCCUACUGUCAUCCACAAAGCUCCUUUUUUACUGCCAUCCCACUUAAUAUUCGAGAUUACGGUGAGCCCUUUCAGGAAGCGAUGUGGUUGGACCUGGUUAAGGAAAGGCUGAUUACGGAAAUGUACACGGUGGCAUGGUUUGUGCGAGACAUGCGCCUGAUCUUUCACAACCAUAAAACAUUCUACAAGGCUUCUGCCUUUGGCCAGGUAGGGCUUGACUUAGAGGCAGAAUUUGAAAAAGAUCUCAAAGAUGUGUUCGGUUUUCACAAAGCCAAUGACAGCAGUUUCCGGACUCCUCCUUGAACCUGUUCCGGAAAGGCUGAAGCAUCUCAACCCCAGGAUCCAGCUGAUGAGGCCCUGGCCUGGACUGUUGAUCACCAGUGAGCCUGGGAUGUAACUGGCUGCCCUCAGGACCCAAACCCAGACCCUUCAAAGGAUUAUCACACCCUCCACCACCUUUAUUCUUUCUCUUUGCCUUUGAAAGGCUAUAUCUACACU